GCGCGUAGUCAGCCAUAUUGAAAAGAACAAAAAAUGCUACGCCUGUGGCCUUUACGGAGGGUUUUCAAUCCAAGCACAAUUGCCUCUUUGGCAAGGGCAAAUUCAACAGGUGCCCCAGAACCAGUAGAAGUGUUUGUUGAUGAUCGCCCAGUGUUGGUGGAGCCUGGCACUACAGUGCUACAGGCAUGUUCCAUGGCUGGAGUUGAGAUUCCCCGCUAUUGUUACCAUGAUCGUCUCUCAAUCGCAGGCAACUGUCGUAUGUGCCUAGUGGAGGUGGAGAGAUCACCUAAACCAGUUGCAUCCUGUGCUAUGCCUGUGAUGAAGGGAAUGAAAAUUAAAACUGACUCCCCAAAGACUAGACUAGCAAGAGAGGGUGUGAUGGAGUUCCUACUGAUGAACCAUCCUUUAGACUGUCCUAUAUGUGACCAGGGUGGUGAAUGUGACCUACAGGAUCAAUCUAUGGCUUUUGGAAGUGAUAGGAGUAGAUUUACUGAUAAUGCUUUCACAGGAAAGAGAGCUGUGGAAGAUAAAAAUGUUGGACCACUUAUUAAGACUGUUAUGACUCGAUGUAUUCACUGUACAAGGUGCAUUAGGUUUGCCAGUGAAGUGGCUGGAGUAGAUGACCUCGGGACAACAGGCAGAGGUGGAGACAUGCAAGUUGGAACAUAUGUUGAGAAAAUGUUCAACUCUGAACUAUCAGGGAAUGUUAUAGACCUCUGUCCUGUAGGUGCACUAACAUCUAAACCAUACGCAUUCACAUCACGACCCUGGGAAACGAGGAAGAUAGAGAGCAUUGACGUGAUGGAUGCCGUGGGAAGUAAUAUUGUCGUCAGCACCAGGACAGGGGAAGUCAUGAGAAUCCUACCACGCAUGAAUGAUGACAUAAAUGAAGAGUGGAUCUCUGACAAAACAAGAUUUGCAUAUGAUGGGCUAAAGCGCCAGCGUUUAACAUCCCCCAUGGUAAAGAAUGCUGAGGGUCAACUCAUCAACUGUGACUGGGAGGAAGCGUUCUUCAGUGUGGCAGAGAAGCUUCUUGGUAGUGGUGGCAGCAUAGCUGGUAUAGUUGGUGGUCAGGUAGAUGCUGAGUCAUUAACUGCAUUCAAAGACCUAAUGAACAGACUUGGAUGUGAGACUCUGUGUACUGAAGAAAUCUUCCCCAUGGAUGGUGCAGGAACUGAUCUGAGAUCCAACUACCUCCUGAACACUGGCAUAGCUGGUGUAGAAGAAGCAGAUGUCUUGUUGUUUGUGGGCACCAACCCUCGCUAUGAGGCCCCUCUCCUUAAUGCCCGUGCCAGGAAGAGUUGGCUUCAUAAUGACCUCCAAGUCGCAGUUGUAGGCUCACCUGUUGACCUUACCUAUGAUUAUGAACAUCUGGGAGAUUCAACAAAAGUUUUAGAAGAAUUAGCUAAUGGAACCCAUCCCUUUUCCAAAGUUUUAAAUGAAGCCAAGAGACCAAUGGUUGUAGUGGGAAGCUCUGCCCUUCAAAGAUCAGAUGGCGCUGCUGUACACAGUGCAGUGACCUCUAUUGCUCAGAAAGCGAGGUCAACAAGUGGGGCAGGAGAGGACUGGAAAGUUCUCAAUGUCCUCCAAAGGGUUGCUAGUCAAGUAGCUGCCUUAGAUCUUGGGUACGAGGCAGGGGUAGGCUCAAUACGUAAGAAUCCCCCCAAUAUACUCUUCCUGCUAGGAGCUGAUGAGGGUACUAUCUCCAGAGAGGACUUGCCCAAGGAUGCAUUUGUCAUAUACCAAGGUCACCAUGGAGACCAAGGGGCAUCUAUGGCUGAUGUGAUUCUCCCAGGGGCUGCCUACACAGAGAAAGAUGGCACUUAUGUCAACAUGGAAGGUCGGGCACAGAAAACUCAGCUUGCUGUCACGCCACCAGGCAUCGCUAGAACAGAUUGGAAAAUAUUACGAGCACUUUCAGAGAUCCUUGGAAAGACACUGCCCUAUGAAAGUUUGAAGGAAGUGAGACACAGAAUGACUGAAAUUGCACCAAACCUUACACGCUAUAAUGAUGUAGAAGAAGCCAACUAUUUUAAACAAUCUAAUGAACUCUCAAAGGGUGUUAAGUCACAACUAGCCAAUGAACCUCUUUCUCCGCCCCAACAAAACCUAUCAGACUUUUACAUGACUGACCCAAUCAGUCGAGCCUCCAGUACUAUGGCUAAAUGUGUACAAGCAUCACAGGCUGAGAGCAAGCAUUAACAUAAGCAAGUAUUAGGAAUUCAAUUUACGCUGAGCAGGAAGGAAAAAUGGAUUAUUUAUGCACAUUGUACAUAUAUUACGACUGUAGAUACAGUCAGUUUGAUUUUAUCGGACAAUAGUAUACGACUCUGCUGUCUCAAACAUUGCAUGAGAUCACAUCGUCUAGAAAAGAAGCUUUACAGGUGACAUCUCCCAUUUGCGCUCUAUGCAGUCUUUUUAUCAAAUGGUUGAAAUCUUGACAUAUUGUAUCAUGUUCAUUUUAUUUUGCCAAAGGUGAUUGAUCACAUGUCAUAUUGCUAAAUUAAAGUCUCUGAUAUUUGAAUGUUAACUUACUUAUGGACAUCAAUUGAAACUUUCAAUCUUAAAAAAUAUCAACACAUGUAUAUUUCAAUAGAAUAUUUGUUUUAAUGGGAGUGAAUAGUUGAUGCAAGCUAAUAGAUGGCAGUUGUGCUUGUUACAAUACUUCAUUACAGAAAAGUAAAAAAUAAAUGUAAAAAUAGAAAAAUAAAACUUAUUUGUCCUAUUGUUACUGUAUGGUAGUUCACAGUGAAUGUGAUUAAAAACACUCAUUUCAUCACUGGUUAAUGCAUUCAAUGAAGCAGGGAUUAAUUC